AUGGGUAAAAGAAGAAAAUGUAAUAUCUUAAUUGAAUCUAAUAAAGAAAGUGAAGAUAGUAAGGCUGUGACUUUAGAGCUAAACAAUAGCCAAGAAAAGUCUUCUACUAAUGCAUUUCAAUUGUUGAUGGAGUCCAGACUUAAAAGCAUUGGAAGCAACUCUCCUGGGAAACAUAGACCUGUCAUUGAGCCUGAAUGCCAGGAACUUUUAGUAAAAAGAGAACUGAAAGCAAAAAGAGUAUUGUCAUUACAAAAAAUGGCUGAGGCGAAAGGAUCACUAAAAAAUAAAGAACUUGAAGAUUUUAGAGAUAGAACCUUAAAGAAACAACUUUCGAAACAGGCAGAAACAUUUAAACUUAUGCUUAGUCAGGAAAACUCUGAGAGAAAAAAUAAAACGAAUGAGAAUAAAGAACAUUCUUUGAGUGAUAUUGAAAUCAUUGAUGUUAAUGAUACUCACUUACUAGAUGUUAAGAAGACUUUACAAUUAUGUAAUAUGUUUGAAAAAUCAGAUGCAGAGGGUUUUAGUAAAAAAUUGACAAAGAAAGUUUCUACCGAGGAUAUGGAAUUUUUAAGUAAAUUAUCUCCUUCUAUUCGCAAAAAAGAAAAUAUGAUGAGUUACUUUCCUAAAGUAGAAGAAAAAGUUGCUGAUACAGAUAACCCUGCUGAUGAAGGGGAAAUAACUGAUACUAUUAAGGUAAAAUUUAAAUCAAAAAUAAUGAAAACAAAAUCACAUAGAAGAAACAAAGAUCAAAAAUUUUCUAAUAAUCCUCAGAAUAAAAUGGAAAUCAGCAGAUGUGAUGAAAUACAGGAUUUAACUAAAAGUAGGAAGCUCAAAGUAUCUGAAUGUUCUACUUCAAACUUAAUUCCAAUAGAUGACACUGAAGUCAUAAAUGACGAUAAACGACCUAAACGAAAAACUAAAAGGCCAGCUAAAUACCUAGAUGAUACUAAAGUAAGCAGUUCUGAUGAGGAGCUUUACAUAUUUACACCAAAAAAAAAAAAGAAUUCAGGAAGAUUUACUGUAAAUAAGUCUACCUUAAAUUUAAUAGGUAUUAAAGAAUUAUGUCAAAAUAAAAAUCCAUCUAUUAAAGAAAACCAUGAAAAUUCACAGUCACAAAUAAAGCCUAUGAAGUGUACAGAUAAUAAAUUAAUCAACCCAUUGAAAUUAGCUCCUAUUUUUACAUCAAAACUAUCAAAUCUCAGUGUAGCAGAAAAAGAAGCCAGACAGAAAUUCUUGCAUAGUGGUAUUCCUCAAAAGUUGAAAAAAGAUAAUUCACAACUUAAAAAUAAUACUGCUAAAUUAGAGUUUCAUCCUGUAGUCCACAUUCAACAAAAUAUUGCAAAGACAUUAGAUAAAAUUGAAAUAAAUUUUUCUUCCCUCUGUGAUUCAUCUAAUGAUUCAAAUUUAGAAAUCAAUGAUAAUCUUUUCAAGUCUUUGACUAGCAUGGAUGAGGAAGUGAAGCAAGUAAUUCCAUCAAAUCAACAUGACCAGGAAAAUCUUUUACAUAUGAUAAAACAUUCAUAUCACAAGUUUCCAGUGUACAGAACCUAUCAUUUAUUGAAAGGAAAAAGUAACGGUGAAAACAAAGACUUCAAUUACCCAGAUUUAGACAACAGCAUUGAAAUAAUCCAUGAUCUUCCAAAUGAUUUUGAUUCUAUAGACAAAUUAUGUUGGGUUGAAAAAUAUAAACCUACAUCUACAAAACAAAUUAUUGGGAACUUUGCAGCAAUUGAUGAGUUAAAGAAAUGGUUACAAUCAUGGACUGAAAGUUUAGUUAAGACUAAAAAAGGUGGAGGUAGUGGUAGUUCUGAUUUUGAUGAUUUUCAAGAUUCAGAUGAUGAAAGUAGAGAGACAUUGAGAACUUCUAAUAAUGUGUUGGUUAUCUGUGGAGACGUCGGUUCGGGAAAAACAUCUAGCGUUUAUGCAGUUGCAGCAGAACUGGCUAUAAAAGUUAUUGAAGUGAAUUCUAGUAGUAAAAGGACAGGAAAAAUAAUGUUACAAGAUCUCCAAGAAGCAACAAGAUCCCAUAAAGUAGAUAGGGGAAAAAGUAAUUCAGAUAAUAGCCAAAAACUUCAGGAAACAGCUAAACCUAAAUUGCCCAAGAAACGAGGACGACCCAAGAAAGCAAAAGAUUUGUCAAAGGAUGUAAAAAAAAUCGAAAACAUGAAAUGCAUUGUAGAAUGUUCUUCUAGUCAAGAUAGUGUAAGAACUGACAGUUCUUUAAUAUUAAUUGAUGAUGCUGAUAUUGUGUUUGAACAAGAUGAUGGAUUCUGUUCUGCUAUCUCACAAUUAAUUCAAAGUUCAAAAAGACCAGUUAUAUUGAUAACAAGUUCUCUGUCUUGUCAACAUUUGCAAAAAUUCAUUCAGCUUGGGAAAGUUAUUAAAAUGCAUAAGUUUUUACCAAGAAUGUCAGGGACUUGGUUAGAUAUUAUGUGUGUAGCUGACACGGGAAUUUGUUUUCCUGGUCUUGGUGAUGGGUUAUUAGAUUAUUACAAAGGUGACAUACGAAAAACAAUUCAUAGCCUGCAAUUUUACAUGGUGUCCUACAAGCACUCGACAUGUGAAAAUUCACAGGAAAUAGCACAUGAUAAAUUAAGUAUAGAAGACGAGAAUUCAUGUUUAUCUUGGACAGAUGAAUAUAAUACAGACAAAACCACCCAACCAAAUACAUCAAAAAAUUUAGUACAGCAACAUAUUAAAGUAAUCAGUCUUGGUGCCCCAUUAGACCUAUUAAGUGUAUGGUGGAGUAUUUCCAAUGUAUAUGAAAGUCACAUAGAAAAUGAUAACCAGGAUUCAAAACAGCUAAUAUCUAUAUCAAAUGGGCUUUGUAUUAUAUCUGAAGCUGAUUGUUUCACCAAAAGAGCAAACAUAUGUGACAAAAUGUGGUAUCCAAAAGAAAGUGCCAGUCUCAAUGAAACUCAAAGUUAUGAAUAUUAUAAUAGGAAUAAUGAAGUUAGCAAAGAUAUAGCCAGAGAGCUUGGUUUAUUAGGUUCAAAAUGUACAACAAAUUGCAAGAGUGAAGUAAUUAUCGAUAUCUCUGCUCCAGGAUAUUAUACAGAAAGAGAGCAAGAGAAAAUUGCAUCUCGUCAUCAUACUUUGUCAAGUUAUUUAAAUCUUGGAGCGGUACUGGACAGAAGAGCAUUAGCCCUUGACUACUGGCCGUCUUGCAGAACCAUAUGUAGGUUGGAGAAAAACACAUUGAAUACAAAAAGAAAUAACCGUUUCUGUCAUUAUCUUAAAUCUUUAAAUGUCCUAUGUAAAAAUGAUUACUUUGAUGCGCUCAGCAAAAGCUUAAACAAUGCCCUAUAA